CAAAUCUAUUCAAAAUACAAACAAAUAGUUGAAAGGGAUUUUUUGACGUUAACGAUUUGAGGAACCUUCUUUUCAUAUUUUAAAUUAACUUUCAACUGUUACUUCAGAAUAAAAUAUAAAGCGCAUAUAUUAGUAUAAUUUUUUCAUUUGUUUUAAAAUGGCUAUGUUUGAACAGUUAAAAAUCUUGUACGAUCAAGGACUGUACAGUAACGUGACAGCUUUGGCAAGUAUGCUGCUUACUGUUGCAGAAAGUAGUACAGACAUGCUAACUUUUUCAACCAAGUAUCAAACUUAUGUUUAUUAUGGGGAUUCUCUUCUUAACAUGAAGGAAUAUAAAAAAGCAGAGGUCAUGUUUAAAAAAGCUCUUCAGCUAAAAAAAUCUCUGGCUAAAACUAAAGGGAAGACCCAAGUUUUUCCGCAAGGAGAGGUGACAUCAGAGGUUGAUGUGAAAUAUAAAGCUCACCUGUGUCUUGUUAAUCAGAAACAGUUUUCUCAAGCCAUAGGAAUAUUAGAAAGCAUAUCAGCCAAACAGAGAACUCCAUGUGUUAAUAUGGCAUUAGCUAAACUACAUCACCAAAAUGGUACAGAACGAUCUGCAAUCACAAGUUAUAAAGAGGUUUUAAAAGAGUGCCCUUUUGCAAUCGAAGCUGCGCUGGGUUUGUUGUCUUUAGGUGGUAAAGGUGCAGAAGUUGUCUCUUUAAUGUUAAGCGGUUCUGUGAGUGCUGCUAAUAUAGACUGGUUGUCUACAUGGAUCAAAGUUCAUUCUCAUCUGUAUGCACGUGAGCUUUCUCAAGGAAUCGCAGCUUUCAAACAAUUGGAAAUUAAGACUCCUUUAAGAGAUAAUGUCGAUGUUCUUGUAUCUGUUGGUGAAGCUUAUUACAUUAAUGGAGAUUAUGCUAAUGCUAUGAUUGUGCUUGAGCGAGCUCAUUCAGUUGAUCAACUUUUGAUUAAAGGCAUGGAUAUUUAUGCUGCUCUAUUAGCAAAAGAAAAGAAAGUCAAAGAAUUAGAGAGCCUGACAGCUCGGUUAAUAUCCAUUAAUGAUACUGUUCCUGAACCCUGGAUUGCCAUGGGAUAUUUUUGUUUUGUCUCAAAGAAGGGUACAAAAGCUGUUAAUUUUGCUCAAAAGGCUUGCACAAUCAACCCUCUUUAUGUAGAAGGUCUCCUAUUAAAAGGAAUGGUGUUGUAUGAACUAAAAAAAUAUCAAGAUGCAAUGGAUGAAUUUUGCGAUGCAUUCAAAAUAGCCCCACAUCGUUAUGAGGCUAAUAAAGGUAUGGUUGAUUGCCUAUUAGCACUUCAUAGAACUAGAGAAGCUGUUGCAGUUGCAAAUACUGCUUGUAAAUAUCUUGGCCAAACUGCAAGAGCUUUAACUCUGUGUGCAUCUGUGGUCUUAAAAGAUCCUUUGUCUGCUGACAAAGCAAAAUCCAUAUUGGAAAAAGCUCUGAAACAGGAUCCUACAUAUCUCAAUGCUGUUUAUAUGCUGGCAACUAUAUAUGAACAAGAAAGACUCUAUGAAAAGGGAAUAGAAUUACUGAGGAAGCAUACUGAACAUUCAACAACCUGUAGACUUCAUCAAAUGUUGGGUGACUUUCUAGCAAGAACAAAUGAACAUGAAAAAGCUUUGCACCAUUUUAGUAUAGCCUUAAACAUGGAUCCAUCCAAUCAUAAGGCUGCUGAAGGAAGCCAACGAGUAGAGCAAAAUCCUGAAUCUUCUGAAAGCUUUGAGGUGGAAGAUAUGCCUGAAUCUGAUAAUGAGGGUGAUUUUGAAGAGAGUGAACUUGAACCAGUAUGGUCAGAUGUAGAAUUUACUUGAGCUGAUUGUAGAUCUGCCUAUGUAAAUACAAUAUUUCAUUUAAUGUUUGUAAUUAUUCAUAUUUUUUGCUUUCCAUUUGUAUUUAUUGCAAACGAAAUAAAAUUUCAAAUUUA